AUGUCGAUGAACUCGCUCUUCAGACGGGCCAACAGCCAGCAGCCGCACAGAGACCACGGUCCAGACGACGACACGGACGACGAUGACCAGGUCGACCCAGAACUCCGUCUCAGGACCGUGCGCACCGCCGCCUCUACCAUCGCCGAGUCGAUUCGCAGCGAACAGCGCAUGGAACGCCGCAGAGCCAAAAGGAGACGGCUGUGGGGGUCCCUAAAGACGAAGAAACCGCCCUCAAACGCUGGUCAUGAUAGCGAACUGCGUCUGGAAUCGGCCGCAGGCGCUGCCGCCAACAACAAGCCGCGGAGGAACGUCUAUGUCAAUUGCGCCCUCUCUCCACACGACAUGGACGGCUAUGGACGUCCGAUCCACAACUAUGUGCGCAAUAAAGUCAGAACGACGAAGUAUACCAUCGUCACUUUUGUUCCCAAGAAUCUCUACGAACAGUUUCGGCGAGUCGCAAAUCUCUACUUUCUCGGCCUCGUUUGCAUCCAAGUCUUUCCUAUCUUUGGAGCAGCAGCUCCUCAAAUCGCCAUGGUUCCGCUAUUGUUCAUUCUGACCGUCACGGCGUUAAAGGAUGGUGUGGAAGACUACCGACGAGCGACGCUGGAUGAGGAAGUGAACAACUCUGCGGCUACAAAACUCGGCGACUGGCGAAAUGUCAACCUUCGUGAUGACCCUAGACCGUGGUGGCAACGACUUCUCGGCCUGAAUAAACCCGGCUCAAUCUCAAAGGGCGUGCGACGCCUGCGGGAAAAGGAGCUAGAGGAGGGUGCAGGCAGGAUCGUCUUGUCCAAGAAUCUCCCGGACGAUUCAUCGGAAAAGACGGGCCCAAAGGACGACGUGCAUGCCGAGAUCCAUCGCGCGAGGUCACUCGAGGAUAUACAGUCUGUCCACUCUGGUGAAUUGCACGAGUACCCACCUAUUCCCAUGGACUCUUUGAGCUCGCGAGUCAAUCUCGCGGAUUCGUCCAGCACCGCAGUCGGCGACCCCCGUCCGCGCAAGGACAGCGCAGCCUCUUCGGUCUAUCCCUCCUCCAACCGCACCGGCGUCUCCAUCGGUGUCGUCGACUGGACGAGACAGACGCCUGGGACAGCCAAGUGGGAGCGUACGCUAUGGAAGAAGCUCGAGGUUGGCGAUAUUGUCUUGUUGAGAGACAAUGAUCAGAUCCCUGCAGACAUUGUCGUCUUGUCCACGUCGGAUAAUGACGGUCUUUGCUACGUGGAGACGAAGAAUUUGGAUGGAGAGACCAACUUGAAGCCGCGAAAGUCGCUUCUCGCCACAAAUUCCAUGGUGUCCGAAGAGGACAUUGAACAUGCAAGCUUCCUCAUCGACUCGGAACCUCCACACGCCAAUCUCUACCUGUACAACGGAGUGCUUAGGUAUCGUUCGAGGGACGAUCAAACCAUCUCCCCGAAUCCAACCGACCCAAUCGCCGGCACGUCCUCCAAGAUGGAACCGGUCACAAUCAACAACCUCCUUCUUAGAGGAUGCACCGUCAGGAACACGAGUUGGAUCAUUGGUGUCGUCGUCUUUACCGGCGCCGACACCAAGAUUAUGCUCAAUGGUGGUGACACGCCGUCAAAGCGCAGCAAAAUUGAAAAGGAGACAAACUUCAACGUCAUUAUGAACUUUUUGAUCCUGCUCGCGAUGUGUCUCUCUACCGCCAUUGUCUCCGGAUACUUUGAGACGUUGACGAACACGAGCGCCGCCUAUUACGAGAUUGGAUCGGACCCAACAAGAUCCGUCGUCUUGAAUGCCUUGAUCACAUUUUGCUCUUGCCUAAUUGCGUUCCAAAACAUUGUGCCAAUUUCGCUGUACAUCUCCAUUGAGAUUGUCAAGACUAUUCAGGCAUACUUCAUCAGCCAGGACAUUGACAUGUGGUAUCAACCCUACGAGACGGCAUGCGUACCAAAGACAUGGAACAUCUCGGACGACCUUGGACAAAUCGAAUACAUCUUCUCUGACAAGACGGGAACGUUGACCCAGAACGUUAUGGAGUUCCAAAAGUGCUCGAUCAAUGGCAUCAUCUACGGAGAAGGCAUCACAGAGGCCAUGAGGGGAGCAGCGAAACGAGAGGGCCGAGAUGACCUUCCCGAUCCCCAGGAGCAGGCACAGCAGCUCCGAGAGAUGAAAGUUGGAAUGCUCGACAAGAUGGCAAAGACGUUCAAGAACCGAUAUCUACAGGCCGACAAAAUGACACUGGUAGCCCCCAAUCUCGCAGAUCAUCUCGCAGACAAGAGUAGCCCACAGCGGCAAAAUCUCAUUGCAUUCUUCCGCGCGUUGGCUGUAUGCCACACUGUGCUCGCAGAUCGUCCGGAGCCACACACGCAGCCCUUCCGAUUGGAUUACAAGGCCGAGUCUCCUGAUGAGGCCGCCCUCGUUGCAGCCGCGCGAGAUGUAGGAUUUCCGUUUGUCGGAAAGUCGAACACGUCGAUCGAGAUUGAAGUCAUGGGCCAGCCUGAACGCUAUGUCCCGCUUCGAGUGCUCGAGUUUAAUAGCACUCGAAAGCGGAUGAGCGUCAUUGUGCGGAAUCCAGAGGGCAAGAUUGUCUUAUAUACCAAGGGCGCGGAUAGUGUCAUCUAUGCGCGCCUCGCUGCGGAUCAUGAUCCUGUUUUGAAGGAGGCGACGGCAAAGGAUAUGGAGACGUUUGCCAACGCGGGUCUACGCACGCUCUGCAUCGCCUAUCGGUACCUUAGUGAAGAAGAGUACCUGAACUGGAGCAGGCUACACGACGCGGCGUUGAAUGCGCUUACAGAUCGCGAGGAGGAGAUUGACAAGGUCAAUGAAAAGAUUGAGCAUUCCUUGUUGAUCCUUGGUGCCACUGCUCUCGAGGACAAGCUGCAAGAAGGUGUACCCGAAGCGAUUGAAACCCUGCACAAGGCUGGGAUCAAACUUUGGAUCUUGACUGGCGACAAACUUCAAACUGCGAUUGAGAUUGGCGACUGUAAUCUCCUCAAGAGCGACAUGGAGAUUAUGAUUCUAGCGGCUGACUCUCUCGAAGAUGCACGCAUCAAAGUCGAGGCCGGAUUGAACAAACUUGCAACGAUUCUCGGCUCGCCAAUGAAGAAAAAGGGUCAGACCGAUUCUAAUCGCCAGCAAGGAUGCGCGGUCGUCAUUGAUGGUGAUACGCUUCGCUACGCAUUAGACCCAUCAAUCAAACCGCUGUUCCUCGCGCUUGGCACGCAGUGUGAUACUGUCGUUUGCUGUCGUGUCUCCCCGGCACAAAAGGCGUUGACGGUCAAGCUUGUCAAGGAUGGUUGCAACGCGAUGACGCUCUCCAUCGGUGAUGGUGCCAACGACGUGGCCAUGAUCCAGGAAGCAAACAUUGGGUGUGGUCUACUUGGUUUGGAAGGAUCCCAGGCGGCAAUGUCUGCAGACUAUGCGUUUGGCCAAUUCCGGUUCUUGACCAAAUUGCUUCUCGUACAUGGGCGAUGGUCUUAUAUCCGAGUCGCCGAUAUGCACAGCAACUUCUUCUACAAGAACGUCAUUUGGACCUUUGCCAUGUUCUGGUUCCUCUUUUACAACAGCUUUGACGCCACCUAUCUUUACGAGUACACAUUCAUUCUCGGAUACAACUUAUUCUUCACCUCUCUGCCAGUCAUCGUCCUUGGAGCAUUUGAUCAGGAUAUCAAUGCCAAGGCGUCGCUAGCCUUCCCUCAACUAUACGCUCGUGGCAUCAAAGGCCUGGAAUAUACCCGUUCCAAGUUCUGGCUGUACAUGUUUGACGGCUUCUACCAAUCUGUCAUCGUCUACUUCAUUCCUUAUCUAUCCUUCUCUGGUGGCGCUCAGUUCUCCUGGUCUGGCAGAACACUCGACUCGUUGGCAGACUUUGGAACGACGGUAGCGAUAGCUGCCAUCUUCUCGGCCAACAUCUUUGUCGGCCUCAACUCGAAAUACUGGACAGUGAUCACUUGGAUCGCGGUUGUAGGCUCCAUGCUUCUUAUGUGCGUCUGGGUUGUAGUGUACUCUUUCUUCGAGAGUAUAUCCUUCAACCAAGAAGCAAUAGUCCUCUUCAGCACCAUCGGGUUUUGGGCCACGGUAGUGUUCAGCAUCAUCUUGGCACUCGGCCCCCGUUUUAUCUGCAAGUUCCUGGUCGAAGCUUACUUCCCAGCUGAUCGUGAUAUUAUCCGAGAGGCAUGGGUCGUUGGUGAUCUCAAGGAUCAACUAGGAAUCAAGCGACGCAGAGCGUCAAGAGGAAUGACCUCCCGAACCGAGGACGCCUCUCUUUUCCGACCUCACAAUCGGGAUGCCUCGGACAAUUCGUCAGAUCAUGAACGAGAUGGGUACGAACCGAUAGUCUCAAACCGCUCGGGAGUCUCCCCUCAACCCGCGAGCUCCAACGCCGACCUUGCACCCCCGUCGAGACGACAGCCGACAGCAAUGUCGUACUACUCUGCAUCUGACAUUCCAGUGUCAGAGCCUCCAGCACAGUCAGAUCGAAGGCCAGCACUAGCUCUCCAUCCAUCCUCUGCAGAUCAACGGCGGCUUUCACGUGCUUCCCCUCCUAGUCCGCUCCAUCUCUCUCCAAAUAGCCCGACAUCGAGGUCACCAGUUAUGCAGAGUUCCAGUCCAACUCGUCUUUCUCCGAGACAGGGAGCGAUGCCCCCUCCAGGAGAGUACGAGAUGACCCUGAGGCCACGACUCCAUACUCCAGAGCCAAGCGGAUACUCUCACACUUCGCAAGCGUCUCAAGCUUCGUUCGUGACUGCUGAUGACGGUGACUGGGAGUCUGGGCGGGAGGAUGACCGCACGACGGUCCGUCCGCCGGUUGGCCAGGCUUUGUAG